GCCGCCGAGGAUCCUCUAGUCCCGAGGCGACGGUGGCGGUCUCCGCGGGGGAGGGGGCGUCGGAGACGGCGGCCGGGAACCCGCGCCGCCCAUCCAAGCGGGACGAGCGCUGCGUGACCAGGAGGCAGCCCGAGAGCCGCCCCGGGGAGACGUCUCGGGCCUAUUUUUGCGUUUUCUCCGGGACCGUCGCCUCGCGCGCCCCAUUUCCCUCUGCAGAGACUGCGACGCCCCCUCCUGGGCCGGGCCGCGGUGCCCGCCCGCCUGAAAGGCGCCGCCCGCCGGCCUGAGCGAACCUGCACUCGCCGCCGCCGCCGUUCCCCGCCGCGCUUCUCGUGGAGCCUUCGCGGCCGGCGGGGCCUGGGUCCUGGGCGCCGGGCGCGGCGCUGCAGCGGCCGGUCCUCCCCGCGCUGGGCCCCGGGCCUGGCCCCGCCGAGCACCGCGCCCUCCUGACUGCCGCCGCGGGAGCCCGGCCUCAGCCCGGCCGACUCCAACAGCCUCCCGGGACCGCCGCCCCUCCGGCCUCAGCCUGCAGCCCGGCCCCCUCUUCCUUUGUGAAUCUGAAUGAUUUUUUUGGCCUCCCCCCUCCCCCCUUGAGAUUACGGUGCUAGAAGGCCGACCCCCCCACAUCCCAGUGCCCCUCGCCGGGGGAAUCGGCCCUCAUCUUGUUCUUACCCGCGGGGUCUCCCCGCGCCUCUCUCCUUUCAGGGUUUAAUGGGUGGACUUUUAAAUUUUUUCCCCCUUUAUUUUUCUCGCCUCUUGACUGGAAGGCCCCGCGCGAGGCUCUGCGCCUCUGCCGCUCCUGGUCUGUUCCUUACCCCCGCACAGUCCACCUGCCUCCCGCCGGGGAUGGCCCCGCAGUGACGGCGGCGGGCUCCGUACCCCACGCCAGGCUGGUGCCCUCGCCCGCACUCCCCCAGUCUCCCCUCCUCUCCUCCGUGUUCUGAGCUCUCUGAAAAGAGCGAAGACGCAGGGGAAGAUGUGGCUGAAGCUUUUUUUCUUGCUCCUCUAUUUUCUGGUCCUGUUCGUCCUGGCCAGGUUUUUUGAGGCCAUUGUGUGGUACGAAACUGGCAUCUUUGCCACCCAGCUGGUGGAUCCGGUGGCGCUGAGCUUCAAGAAGCUGAAGACCAUUCUGGAGUGCCGGGGGCUGGGGUACUCGGGGUUGCCCGAGAAGAAGGAUGUCCGGGAACUGGUGGAAAAGUCAGGUGACCUGAUGGAAGGUGAGCUUUAUUCUGCACUCAAAGAAGAAGAAGCAUCUGAAUCUGUUUCUAGUACCAAUUUCAGUGGUGAAAUGCACUUCUAUGAGCUUGUAGAAGACACAAAAGAUGGCAUCUGGCUGGUUCAGGUUAUAGCAAAUGACAGAAGUCCUUUGGUGGGUAAAAUCCACUGGGAGAAAAUGGUGAAAAAGGUGUCAAGAUUUGGAAUACGUACAGGCACGUUUAACUGUUCCAGUGACCCCAGAUACUGCAGGAGAAGAGGCUGGGUACGAUCCACACUCAUUAUGUCUGUUCCACAAACAAGUACUUCUAAAGGGAAAGUCAUGCUUAAAGAAUACAGUGGGCGCAGGAUCGAAGUAGAACACAUUUUUAAGUGGAUAACUGCUCAUGCAGCUGCACGGAUCAAAACCAUUUAUAAUGCUGAACGUUUGAAAGAAGAAUGGAAUAAAAGUGACCAAUACUGGGUAAAAGUAUACCUAUUUGCAAAACUUGACCAACCCCCAGCUUUCUUCUCUGCACUAAGCAUAAAGUUCACUGGAAGAGUUGAGUUUAUUUUUGUAAAUGUGGAAAAUUGGGACAACAAGAGUUAUAUGACAGAUAUUGGUGUAUAUAACAUGCCAUCAUACAUACUUAGAACUCCUGAGGGAAUUUACAGGUAUGGAAACCACACAGGCGAAUUUAUAUCCCUUCAGGCCAUGGAUUCGUUUUUGCGCUCAGUACAACCUGAAGUAAACGAUUUGUUUGUUUUGAGCUUGGUUCUAGUUAAUCUUAUGGCUUGGAUGGACUUAUUUAUCACACAAGGAGCUACCAUAAAACGAUUUGUGGUUCUCAUAAGCACUUUAGGGACAUACAAUUCUCUAUUAAUUAUUUCCUGGCUACCUGUGUUGGGCUUUUUACAGCUCCCUUACUUAGAUAGCUUUUAUGAGUAUAGCUUAAAAUUGUUGAGAUAUUCCAAUACGACCACGCUGGCUUCCUGGGUCAGGGCAGACUGGAUGUUUUAUUCUUCACACCCAGCCUUGUUUCUUAGUACAUACCUUGGACAUGGUUUACUAGUCGAUUACUUUGAGAAGAAGAGACGGCGCAACAGCAACAAUGAUGAAGUCAAUGCCAAUAACUUAGAGUGGUUAUCAAGCCUGUGGGACUGGUACACCAGCUACCUCUACCACCCGAUUGCUUCUUUUCAGAACUUUCCUGUAGAAUCUGACUGGGACGAAGACCCUGACUUGUUCUUGGAGCGAUUAGCUUUCCCUGACCUUUGGCUUCACCCUCUGAUACCAACUGAUUAUAUAAAAAACUUGCCAGUGUGGCGAUUUAAAUGUCUUGGCGUCCAGUCUGAAGAGGAAAUGUUGGAAGGUUCUCAAGCUAUUGAAAAUGACUCAGACAGUGACAGCACAGACAGUGAGAAGGAAGUAUUUGAAGAUAAACAAAGCGUAGUUCACAGUUCUCCAGGAAGAGCAAGUCACUGUGAUCCUGAGGCUUGUUCGUGUGCCAAUAAAUAUUGUCAGACCAGCCCUUAUGAAAGGAAGGGGCGGUCCUAUGGAUCAUACAGCACUAAUGAAGACAUGGAACCUGAUUGGUUACCUUGGCCUGCUGAUAUGCUGCACUGUACUGAAUGUGUUGUUUGCCUAGAGAAUUUUGAAAAUGGAUGUUUGCUAAUGGGGUUGCCUUGUGGUCACGUGUUCCAUCAGAAUUGCAUUGUGAUGUGGUUGGCUGGGGGCCGACACUGUUGCCCUGUUUGCCGGUGGCCUUCUUAUAAAAAAAAGCAGCCAUAUGCACAACACCAGCCCUUGUCAAAUGAUGUCCCAUCUUAACCAUGUGCAAUUUGUCCUUUAUAAGCUUUGCGUAUCUUACAGCUUGCCUUUUUAAUGUUAGUCACAAAGUUUUUGUGGUUUGACGUUUAAUUUAAUGUUAGUGCAGUGACAGGAAAUAUACAUUUUGCUGAUGUUGAUGACAAUUAUUUGGUUGCCUAGUGUGUCAAUAUGAAUGCAUACUUAAAUGUAAAAAUUUUUAUUUACAACAUUGGAAAUUCAGAAGUUAAUGUUUUUUUGUAAGCACAAAAGAAGUAAGAUAGAAAUUUAUCCUAGCAAGACUUUACAAGGUAGGAUCAAAUUCUAAUGGAAUUGAGGCAGUUUCUUAUCCUAAGUGUUUCCUCCCUUUUUACAAUCUGUGUCCGGCACCUCUUGGUUAAAUAAUGUAUGCUCUGAGACAUGAAAUUAAAACAGACCUAUGAAAUAAAUUAUUUUAAAACCAGAA